GGCAGGGCAGGGCUAGGCGAGGCUGAGGGCCGGGGCCCGGCGUGGCUGGGGGAGGCGGGGCUCGCCUCUCUUCGUCACGUAGUGCAAAGCCUGGGAGUCUCAGGAGAACAACGGGCUCAUUCAGCGGGUGGCAGCGAGGGGCGCGCCAGCCGCAGUUGGGCGAAGGGCACAGAGCAGCAGCAGCAGCAGGUUCCCGCUCGGUCGCAGGCCGGAGCCGUGGGAGCAGAUGGCCCCCGGGCAGACGCUCCUCUACCUGUCCCUCUUCCCCUGGCUCGCCGCCGCCUUCAACCUGGACACGGACAAUGUGAUCCUGCGGAAAGGGGAGCGGGGGAGUCUGUUCGGCUUCUCGCUGGCCAUGCACUGGCAGCUGCAGCCGGAGGACAAGAGACUAUUGCUGGUUGGAGCACCUCGGGAGAGAGCCUUUCCAUCCCAGCAAGCCAACAGAACUGGAGGGUUGUAUAGCUGUGACAUUACAUCCCCAGAGACGCAUUGCACACGUGUCCUCUUUGAUGACAAUGCUGAUCCAGCAACGGAGAGUAAAGAAGACCAGUGGAUGGGUGUAACUGUCCAAAGUCAGGGGCCAGGAGGAAAAGUGGUGACAUGUGCACAUCGCUAUGAGAAAAGGCAAUAUGUAAACACAGUUCAGGAAUCUCGUGAUAUCAUUGGAAGGUGCUACCUGCUGAGUCAGGAUCUCACUAUUAAGGAUCCUAAGGAUGACGAGUCUGCUAUGGAUGGUGGAGAAUGGAGUUUUUGUGAUGGCCGACUGAGGGGCCAUGAGAAAUUUGGUUCAUGUCAGCAAGGUGUAGCUGCUACUUUUACUAGAGACUAUCAUUAUGUUGUAUUUGGUGCACCAGGAACGUAUAACUGGAAAGGGGUGGUUCGUGCAGAGCAAAAGAAUCAAACGUUUUAUGCUUUGGAUAUCUUUGAUGAUGGGCCUUAUGAAGUUGGUAGUGAGAGUCGCCGAGCUGAGAAUCUAGUUCCUGUUCCAGCUAACAGUUAUUUAGGUUUCUCUUUGGACACUGGUAAAGGUAUCGUUUCCCAAGAAGAGACAACUUUUGUAUCAGGUGCACCAAGAGCCAACCACAGUGGAGCUGUAGUUCUGCUGAAAAAAGAUACUCAGAUUCCGAGAGCACUCUCGCUUGUGCAUAUAUUUGAAGGAGAAGGGCUGGCCUCUUCUUUUGGCUAUGAUGUUGCAGUUGUGGACCUCAACAAUGAUGGUUGGCAAGAUAUUGUUGUUGGAGCCCCACAGUAUUUUGACCGAGAUGGAGAAAUUGGGGGUGCUGUGUACAUCUACAUUAACCAACAAGGCAAAUGGGAAGGGGUAAAGCCAAUUCGCCUCAGUGGAACCACUGAUUCUAUGUUUGGUGUUGCAGUUGAAAAUAUUGGUGAUAUUAAUCAAGAUGGAUUCCCAGAUAUUGCAGUGGGGGCACCAUAUGAUGAUUUUGGCAAGGUGUUCAUAUAUCAUGGAUCCAAGAAUGGAAUAAAUACAAAGCCAGCACAGAUUCUUGAUGGCAAAAAAUCCAGUGUUCAAUAUUUUGGUUAUUCUAUUACUGGAAAUAUGGAUCUUGAUAGAAACUCGUACCCUGAUAUUGCUGUUGGGUCACUUUCAGAUUCUGUCUCUGUUUACAGGUCCCGGCCUGUUAUAAGCAUUAAGAAAACCAUCAGGAUAUCUCCUGACAAAAUUGACCUGAACAGACAGACCUGUUUGGAACCUAGUGGAAUCUGCAUGGAUGUUGAAGCAUGUUUUGAAUAUAUUGCUAACCCCAAGGACUUCAAUCCAAAAAUAAAACUUAACUAUACUUUUGAAGCAGAAAAUGACAGGAGGCGGUUAGGCCUGCCAUCUCGAGUUCAGUUUUUUAAGCAUCUGUCUGAUCAGUUGAUUGGAAGUAUAACUCUAGGAGGACAGAAUAGAAAAGGAUGUGUGAAAACUUCUCUUGUGAUGCAGGAAAAUAUCAAAGAUAAACUACGUCCAAUUCCUGUAUCGGUUGGCGUUAAAAUCAGCGGCUCAGAAUCCAGUUUACCAUCAAAGAGAAGACAAGGAAGAUCACUUCCAGAUCUUGUUCCAAUUCUAAAUUCAAACGAACCAGAAACAGUGAACUCAGAAGUGCAGUUCUUAAAAGAAGGAUGUGGAGAGGACAACAUAUGUAAUAGCAACCUAAAACUUCAAUACAGAUUCUGUACCAGAGAAGGAAAUGAUGGCAGAUUUGCUUAUUUACCAAUUGAGAACAAUGUUCCGGUGCUUGUCCUCAAAGAUCAGAAGGACAUUGCGCUAGAAAUAACUGUGACAAAUAAUCCAUCAGAUGCAAAAAAUCUCCAAAAAGAUGGUGAAGAUGCCCAUGAAGCUAAACUAGUUGCAACUUUUCCAGAUAGCUUGACCUACUCUUCUUUCAGAGAGCUGAGGGCUAAUCCUGAAAAACAAUUAACUUGUGGUGCCAAUCAAAACGGUUCUCAAGCAGAGUGUGAACUUGGAAAUCCCUUCAAGAGAAAUUCCAAUGUAACCUUUUAUCUGAUUUUAAGUACAACUAAAGUUAACGUUGACACAACUGACUUGGAUGUUCAUCUGAAAUUGGAAACAACAAGCAAUCAAGUUAAUUUGGCUCCAAUUACUGCUACUGCUAAAGUGGUUAUUGAAUUGCUUUUGUCACUCACUGGAGUUGCUAAGCCUUCCCAGGUGUACUUUGGAGGUAACGUAAUUGGUGAGAGUGCUAUGGAAUCUGAAGAUGAUGUUGGAAACAUAAUAGAAUAUGAAUUCAGAAUAACUAACUUGGGUAGACCACUUAAAACAUUUGGCACAGCUUCCUUGGACAUCCAGUGGCCAAAAGAAAUCAGCAAUGGCAAAUGGCUGCUUUAUUUGAUGAAAGUAGACUCCAAAGAAUUGGAGAAAAUCCCUUGUGAACCUCGAAAUGAAAUAAACUCUUUGCGACUUAAGGAGUCCCAUAGGUCAAGAAGGAAACGUGAAGUUGCAGAGAAGCAGACUAAUAAUGGCCAAAAAAUGUCUUUAUUUUCAGAAAGAAAAUAUAAGACCCUGGACUGUAAUGUGAAUGCACGCUGUGUGAAUAUAAAAUGUUCCUUGCAAGGCUUGGACAGAAUGGCAUUGAUUGUACUGCGUUCAAGAUUGUGGAAUAGUACCUUCCUAGAGGAAUAUUCUAUGCUGAACUAUCUAGACAUCCUCGUUAGAGCUAAAAUCAGUGUUCCUGCUGCCGCUGAAAACAUUAAGCUCACAAAUGAAGUUGCUCAAGUGCGACUUACUGUUUUUCCUGCAAAGACAGUAGCGCUCCAUACAGGAGUGCCUUGGUGGAUCAUUUUGGUGGCUAUUCUUGCUGGAAUACUGAUGCUCGCACUGUUGGUGUUUUUACUAUGGAAGUGUGGCUUCUUCAAGAGAAGUAAGAAAAAUCAUUAUGAUGCCACAUAUCACAAGGCUGAGAUCCAUACUCAGCCAUCUGAUAAAGAGAGGCUUACUUCUGAUGCAUAGUAUUGAUCUACUUCUGUAAUUGUGUGGAUUCUUCCAGCGCUCCAGGUACGAUGACAGUGUCCCCCGAUACCAUGCUGUAAGAAUUCGGAAAGAGGAGCGACAGAUCAAAGAUGGGAAACAUAAAGAGAAUCUUGAGAAAAAACAAUGGAUUACAAAAUGGAAUGAAAAUGAAAGUUACUCAUAGGGAAAAAUUUCCCCCCUCAACUCCAAAUUCAGAUUUUAAUAUUUCUUCUUUAAUGGAAUACUGAUGGACUCAGACCUACAUACAAUAUGGACCUAUAUUUUUGAAUGUAGAUUUUUUACUUAUAUUGAAGCUUUUGUUUUGCACGGCUAAAUUUAAGAUUGCUUGACUGAUUUUAUCUGCAUUAUUUAAACGUCCAGAUAGAGACAAGCAGCAAAAUUGGUGCAUUGAACUGAGCAUUCUAUGAAAUAAAUAUGCACAUUAUAAACUAAUGUCACAAAAGGGUCCUUUUCUGCAUUCCUGAAGUCAAUGGAUUUGCAAGGAAUGCAGGAUCUGGUCCCAAAUAUAUUCUCCAAACUUCUAUCACAAUAUGCAAUCUAUUAUAAACACACUGUAGCCUUGACACACUUUAUUCAAAUAGAAUUUGGGGAAUCUGUGAAUGUGCUAUUCUUGUCAUAAGACUCUGCAGCUAUGAGGGCUUAACCUAAAGUGUCUUAAAUUAAAUGUGCAAUAGGUCAUGUUGCUAUGUUUCUCACACCAAAUAUACAGUUUUUUUAAAAAAAAACUUGAAGAUUAGUUGUAUGUUUUUGUAUAUAUUUUAUUUCUUGUAUUUAUUUUUUUAUCAGCAGCCAUUUGUCUUUGACUAAUUAGGCCAAAGACUUUAAGUGAACUUUAAAAUUGGUAUGGAUGUUAUUAAAUAGGAUAUGAAAGUCCAGUUAGACGUGAAGCUUUCACUGCAUUUAAAGAGUGCCAGUGCUUUUUUUAAAAUGUAAAAUUUCAAUCACUGACACAUCCUUGAAAUAUAAACAUUCAUGCCAGUAGUUUGUGGGGGCAUUUUUUCUUAUUUCUGUUUAUGCAGCAGGAUUUAGUAAAGAUGUGGACAAAUUGGUGAGAGUCCAGAGGAGA